AUGACAACAUGCCUGUUCAACUUGCAAAACAUUCAUUGUCAAAGACUCGUCAUUAAUGGGAAUAUGAAUUCACUAACAAAUACGAUGUUACCAAUAUUUUAUAAUGUAACAGAGUUAAAAAUUCAAAAUUGGAUAUUGUACGAACAAAUUUUGGACCGAUUUCCUUCACUAACCACAUUGACAAUACAAUCAUGUUCCUAUAAUGCAUCAGCAAACUUUUUAAAAAGUGAGAAGAAAGGAAACAUCACAACGUUAAAAUUAAUACAUAAUGAGUUACUUAGUGGAAAAUUGCCAGAGUUCAGUUUUCCCCAACAAUUGAAAUCAUUAACAAUUAUUGAAUCACAAUUAAGUACAAACUCACUGAGAAUAGAUGCCAAUUAUCAUCUAGAUACUCUUGAAUUAGAAUUAGGAUCGUAUCAGCAAUUUGAUUUAAACAAUUGGUCAUUUUUAAAAUCUUUUUUAUCAAAACUCGAAAUAAGAAAUUUAACAGAUCUUGUUGUGUUUCCUUCAGCAUUUUUUAAUAAUUUUCUUCGAUUAAAGCAUUUAUAUUUAUCCGGUAGCUACAUAUUAAAAGAGGAAGAUAUUUGUGCGUUUUAUUAUUAUCCAUUGAAAUCAAAUAUUACGUUAAAUACAUCAAGUAAAAAAGAUCCCUGUGCACAAACGUAUAUCGAUGCUAUCAACUAUUGGAAUUGUGCUGAGAGUGUACCAUGUGAAAGUCCAUACGCCUGUAAACAAUAUGCAAACCGAGCAAAUUCAUGUUCAUUGAUAUCUGCGGAAAAUCAAUGUUCGACAUUUUCGAAUCGAACACCCGUUUUCACAUUUCAAUCGAGUUGCUUGAAGAGCAGAAUAGAUCAGUGGCUUGCUUAUGAUUUUUCUUUAAUAAUACCAACACCAGACCAUGAGACAUUUCCCCUUAGUAUUGGUGCUAUUAUUGGUUUAAUUAUUGGUCUUAUAGUUGCUAUUGCUAUUUUAUGCAUUAUACUCUACUGUAUUUAUCGAUAUCGCCAGAAUAAAAACAUCUAUAUAAAAUCAGAAGAUAAAUAUCGAAGAAAAUCAAAUACAAAUUCACAACAUUCGAGUAUCUCCCUUACGACUAGUAAGUCAUCCGGUCAACCAUUAUUCUCUCAACAUCCCAAUCAUGUUACUGCACCAGCACUUUAUAAUGUGUCACAACCUCCUUCAUCCAUUUAUCACUCGUCAACGACUUCGACAUCUCAACCAUUAACUUCAAGAGCCAGUAUUUCAACACAAGCAACUCAUCUUUACGAAGAAGUUUUAAACACCAAAAAACCAUGA